UAAGCAACGACCUGCAAACGGGCAUCCGAGCCAGUCCGAGCAAAAAAAACAAAACAGGAACCACAUUAUUUUCGAGUGUCUUUGCUAUGUUCCCGACGAUAUUUCUACACCGUCUGAUUUGAUCUCAUCGAAGUCGCCGUCUCUCCAGACAUCAGCUACAGAAAACAAACAAGAAAUUAAUGCAUCUCGCUGCGCGUUGCUGUUUGUUUUGACCUGUGUAGUUAUUAAAGAAUCCUGCAAGAAGGAUUAGCGGUCCGUCAAUGAGGAACUACCGGCUCAUCUUCUGCCACAACCUGAAGCAGCCAUAGAUGGUUUGGUGGUUCACUGGCUAGGGGAGGAGAGGAUAGGACACACUUUCACUGCUACACGACGUGAGGUCUUGGCGGGGCUGUGGUGAGGAGGCGGCGGCAAUGAGGAAGAGCGUGUCUCCGUUGCCAGGCAACGAGGGCGGGAGCUCAGCCAGCACCACGCGUGUUUUUGGCGUUCCUUUGGAGGAGGUGACGCGCACACACACAAUCAGUGGCCAUGAGGUUCCUGCGCUGGUGAAACACAUCGUCGACUACAUCGAGGAGCAUGGUCACCUGGAUCUGGAGGGGCUCUUCCUUGUUAAUGGCAAUGCAGAGCGUGUGGAUUGGCUGCGCCAGCGUUAUGACAGCGGUGAGGAGGUGGAGCUAGAGAAGGAGGCGGACCUGGCGUCAGCGGUCAGUUUGCUCCGGCUCUUCCUGCAGGAGCUUCCUGAGCCGAUUAUACCAACGGCGAUACAGGGGCACAUUCUACAGCUACACCAAGAUUACAGCAAUGAAGAGGAUCUGUUCAGAAACUUGAAGUACCUGCUGCAGCAGCUUCCUCAGCUCAACUACGGCCUGCUGCGUUUCCUGUGCCGCUUCCUGACCAGCGUGGCUUCCCUUCAGCAGGAGAGCUGGAACAUCGGGACGCUGGCCGCUGUCUUCGGUCCAGACAUUUUCCAUCUGUCAACAGAAGGAGAAGACCUUCGAGACCAGGAGUCGGUCAGCAGAGUGUUGGCGGAGCUGUUGGACAACCAAGAGGGCCUGUUUGACUCGGAGGAAGAUGACGUCUCCACCACCAACGACUACAGCUCCAUCAAUGAACAGAUCACAGAGCUGUUAGACGAUGAGAAGUGUGAGGCCGAAUGUGAAGAGCUGCCUCAGGACGGAGAGGAGGGUCCUGCCUCCUCUGACUCACCACAACACACACGCACUGAUGACAGCCCCUCAGCCAGCUCCCACCUCUCCCCCAUAUCCAUCCUGCCUGCUGACUCUGCUGAGAUAAUCCAGCGAACCAUCAGGGCUGCAGUGGAGCAGCACUUCUUUGAGCUGAAAACAUCCAUCGACCAAGACAUCAGCAACUAUGACAGCCAAGGGGUAAGUCCCAGUGAGCCUGUAGACCGGGGUUGUCGUGGAGACAAGGAGCAACAAACUGACCCUGAGGACAGCCCCUGCGAAACUGAAGGGGAGACCCCACUCACGCAGACCGAGCAGCACAUGCAACAAAGCCAGACAGACACACAGGAUUCAUUGGACUCUGGCGCCGCCCUGGAGGAGAGCUCAGGAAUGGACCUGGAUGCAGAGGCUGUCAGAGAUGCUGAGAACAACAUCAACAUUGCCAGGCAGGACAAUCAACCCUGUGACAACAUGGAGCAGACUCAGACUGACACCAUAAGCUGUGAUUCGGGUUCAUGCCGCUGUGAUCAGAACGCCAACACCAGCAAGACCAACAGGAACCACCCGCCGCCAUGCCAACCAACCUCUGGCCACAACCCCCACCUCCAACUGUUCCCUGACAACCAAUGGGAAGCAUCACCCCCCUCCCAUUUCCAUCUCCCUCCCAUAGACUUCUCAUGUAUGCAUCUGCAGAAAGAAGGCCAUGACCCCGUCCCAGCUUUCAAAUCCUGGCAGGACGACAGUGAGAGCGGAGAAGCGCAGCUCUCCCCGCUGGCCGGUCGCAUGAUUCGUCUCCCCCCGCUGCUCCUCGAGGAGGAUGGCGAGGAGGACGAGGAGGAAGGAGGGCAGGAAGCCUCCCCCUCCUCUUCCUGCUCCCACCCUCACCUCCUGGCGCGACGCUUUCUCGAUUUCGGAGCGCACGGUGCGCAGCGAUUUCUCCAGCAGGACCCAGACGCCACCUCUCCCACCAAAGCACAGAGGUAUGAUGAGGCGCGGCCAUCCAGCGGCAGCUUGCACACUACUAGGCCACGGCGAGCGUCGUUUGGCUCCAAAGAGGCGAUGAGAGGAGGAGAUUCAGUGACCCACCAACUCACCAAGAAGCUUCAGCACCUGAAGAAGAAAAUUAAGCAGUUUGAAGAGCAAUUUGAGAAGGAGAGGAACUAUAAGGUUCUUCUUCGGCCCAUGCUUCACCCUCCCAACAAGUUUCAUGAACAUCAGCCCUCACAUGGAGACAAGGCAGCUAACCCCAAAGUCCUCAAAUGGAUGACCGACCUCACAAAGAUCCGCCGGCAGAUUAAAGGACGCCAGCACCACCUUUUACCCAGAAGCACGCUGAGGCACCAGGCUUUGCUCCAUUCAUACAGACGCCACCAUGCUCCCUCCUCCCCUUCCUCCUCCUCCUCCUCUAUCUGCUCACCUCCCCAUCACACACUCACCCCCCCGCUCCACCCCUACUCAGGCCUGAGCUCUAGACCGUAUCACCUCAAUGCCAAACACCGCGCAGAGAGCGAGCUCGGCCCCCUGACUCGUCCUCGGAGCAACACCUUACCCAAGAGCUUCGGCUCCACGCUGGACCAAGGCGCUUACGAUGCAGAGGUCAAGGAUCAGCAUCCCACCAGGGAGGAAACACUGGAGCUGAUCCAGCACAGGGUCAAAGGGAAGAAGCAGGAGGACGGCUGGCCUGAUGACAUCAAGAAGAUGACCAAGGAGCAGUUGUCCUGCGAGAAGACGGUCCUUCAGAAGAACCUGUUGCACUAUGAGGGCCUGCACGGUCGACCAGUGACCAGAGAGGAGCGUCUGGUGGUGAAGCCUCUCUACGAUCGCUACAGAUUGGUCAAACAGAUGCUCACCAGAGUCAGCAUCACACCCAUCACAGUGUCCCCUUCCAGUAAGAGGCGAAGUCAGACCCUCCAGCCAAUCAUUGAGGGGGAAACCGCUCACUUCUGGGAGGAGAUCAAAGAGGAGGAGGAGGACGAGCGGAAAGAAAGAGAGGAAGGAGAAGAAGAAGACCAGAGGGAGGAGGAGAAGGAGGAGGAGGAGGAAGAAGAGGAUGAGGAGGAGGAAGGAGAGAGCAGCGGUGGGGAGAUGCAGAGCUCUGAGGUCAUCAUGGCCGUCGACCUUGUGACCUCGUCUGAGGGAUCAAUGACGAGGAGCCAGAACCAGCCCGACAGGCAGAGCGAUUGUUCAAUUCGAGGCAAGAUGGAGGAGGGGUCGGGGAAGCUGGCGCUGGACCUGCGGCUGUCCAGCUCCAACGCCUCGUCCAUGCCAGAGCUGCUGGAACAGCUGUGGAAGGCCAGAGCAGAGAAGAAGAAGCUGAGGAAGACCAUCCGGGAGUUUGAGGAAGAUUUUUAUCAGCAUAAUGGAAGAAACGUUCAGAAGGAGGACCGGGUGCCGAGGCUGGAGGAGUACAGGGAGUACAAGAGGAUCAAGGCUAAACUUCGCCUGCUGGAAGUUCUCAUCAGCAAACAGGAUUCCUCCAAAUCCAUCUAGACCCGCCUCCCCGCUGUCACCACACACAUCAGCUCUGCUGCGAGCGAGGACCCGCCCAGGACGCCAUCACACCGGGGGGGGGGGGGGGGGACGGGUUCAACAAACGCAUCACAUGACUUCCCAGGAAUCAGGACACGCAGACUUCACGACCUCCACCUGGUGUGCUGCAUUUAUGUCAUGGAGUAAACCUAAGUAGAGUGACUUGCUGGUUCAGAGUUACAGGACAACAUGUCAUUAUUUAACCUCAGGAACAUUUUGAGGGAUUUAACCUGCGUUUUAAUGACAGCAGCCAAAGUUAAGUUUUGGUUCUUGGGCCUGAGUUUCUGGUAGUACUUUGCAAUACCGUAGCAACUUGUAACAUCUGACGUCUUCAGGACAGCAGCUGUGCGUUCAUUCAGACUGCAACCAACAUCUGGUUGUUGCUCGUGUUGGGGGUUAGGGACGGGAGUUUCUUACUGACCAGUAAUUGUAAUUAAUAAGCAGUAAAUUAAAAGAACAUGAUGAAUGUAUAAAAACUACAUCUCAUAUCGUUUUUAAUACUUAAUCGGCCAAAUUUGCCAAAUCUUUGUGGUGGAAAAGUAAAGACUCAAUGUGCUAAAAGAACUUUUAGCUUCUUUUUGUUUUUUGUUUUUGUUCCUGGAACAAUUUUUGCUGAAAAGUGUGAGCGUGAGUUGAAAAAUCUUUGAGCAAGUUUUAAGCAUUUGAUCACUUAAAUCAUUGUAUUUGUUAAAUGAUUAUUUAUAUAUGUGACUGUAGGUAGUUUCUUGGUUGGGGAUUUCAGAAUGUGGAGAUAUAAACUCUUGACUUUAAUUGACCACUUUUAAAAGGUGACGUGCAUUUUCUUUUGCAACGAUUCUUUUCUGUGACAUGAAUGCAGCACCGGUUAAACUUAAAAUCACUCUCGUCAGCCACGACGGAUCCUCCGCUGCCUCGUCCGACUGCGUUUCAUCUAAAGCACGGCCGCAGUUUGGAAACAAGAAGAAGGAAUCCUCAUCGCUGUUUCUCUACAUCCCCGACGUGACUCGAGACUCGUCUUCUGAGAGGGAAAAAAACAUUUAGACUUUUUAAUUUCAGGAACUUUCUUUUUCUUUUUCGCUGAGGAAUCUUAUCGGACAGCUCGAGGACUGGCAUUUCAGACGCUCUUCACUCAAGACACUCAAUCUUUCCUCCUUCGCCUUCCUUCAGGGAGUCACGGUUUCUUUAAGCGACCCUCCUUGGCGCCAGGCGAUGAGUUCUUUUAUUGUCAGUAAAACUUACUUUAACAUCCUGGAUGCUUCACACCUUCUGACGGAUUUUUAAAUUCAUUCACAUGUUUAGAAACAAGUUUGUGCGUGUAUUCUUGUUAAAAAAAAAAAGAAGAGAAAAGUGUGUACAUACAUGUUUGUGAGACACGAAUGAAAAAGAAUGUGUGGUAUUCUAAGGGAAAAUCGAAAAAAGCAAAUUGUAUUAACUCCCAGAGUGACCUUGGAGCUGAUUGUGAGAGACUGAAUUUCCUUUUAUUUCUAUUAUUCAGCGUUUUUUGUUCUAUUUUGGCAAUAUUUGUCAGUAAGAUCACACAACUUCGUUUCUCACGAGCCUCUUGGGGAAAAGAAACUCUGCUUUUAAGUCGUCUAAAGCUCAAUCUUCUGAGUUUUUAAAUCAUAUACUUGUGAUUUUUAUAUUUCUGAUGGCACUUAAAGCAGCAUUAAACUAAAGAUGCUCACAGGAAACAGUCAGAUUAGGACAUUUAAUGGUUGUUGCAGAAAUCAUCUGGAAAGUUCUGCACUAGUGACUUUUCUUUGUUUUUCCUCGUCUCUUCACUUGUUCAGUUUGCUGCAUGGCGAUGUGGCAGGUCCUGAGGGAUUAUGGGUAAUAAAUGCUGAGGAGAGAAGCCAGUAUCUGGUCCACGCUGCUGCAGUUUCUCUGAAACCAAAAGCAUGUUGGCUACAGGAAGUGGCGGUCUGACGGAGAGUCUCCCAAAUAUCAGUCAGCAGUUGCUGUGCAGCUCAAGUGACCCUCACUGAUUGGUCUCUGGCGGUGCUGGUUUGGAUAAAGUUCGCUUGUAGCUGUGUUGUUUCUCUAAGGAGCAAACUCUGCCAGCACACUGUCUGUCUGGUUAACUGAGAUUUUCUCCCUACUGGUGAGUCAGUGCUGAGGGUCGGAUUAGCACGUUAGCACGUUAGCAUGGUGCUGAGGAAGGGAAGAUGUUUCAAUCCUCGGCUGCGUUUCUCUUCGGUCCCGGUGAAGUUUCAUUUCCUGCUGGCAGGUGAAAUGAGGGCAGGUGAGGAGGAGAAAGCUUGUCCUCCUCACUUUUCUUCUUCGUAGAGGCCAUGCUGUCUUAUCAGACAGACGUCAUGAUGUCACAGUGUGAUUUGAAAUGCGGGACGAAGAAAUUUCCAACUAUCGCUAAACUUCUGGCUUUAGCUGGCGAGUUAGUAAAGCGGCUGUUUCGGCAGAUGGAGUUCUAUUAUCAGAACCUCUUCGGCUCGUUGUUUGUGAGGAUGUUUAAGGCCGAUAAGACAUAGUAGUGCUUUCCUUUGCUGAAUUAAUGUACAUGUACCUGCCUGAAACUAAGUUGACUGCAGUCUUUUGUCUGCCAGUGGACGGCAGACGUGAUGGUUUGGAAUCUAAGUUUGGAAUGAGUGGAGUUUAGUGUUUGAGUGCGCGUGAAGGACACGAGGAGGGCGCGGCGUGUUCGUCAGGACGGUAAAGUUUGUAGGGUUGAUGUAAAAAGAUGUUAUUUGCACAGCAUUCACAGAAUGCAGCCCUUUUUUGUGUUUUUUCAUUUGUUAUUUCUAAAAAUGAAGCACUACUUCUAUACAAAUAUAAAUAUAUACUGUACAUAGACAAAUUAAAAAUUAAAAAAACACCCGAAGGAAUGAAUGUCAGAAAUGUUUAAAUUAUUUCAAACAUUAUGUUUGGCCCCCUUUGGUUCAUUAUAUUUGUGAUGCCCUAAGAAUGUGUUUUUUAUUAUUAUAAAUAUUGCUAUUACUAUCAUAUCCAUUAUUUUGUGUGAUAAUGACAAUAAUAAUCCUUUUGUAUCUACUCACAAACUGUAAAACCAGCUGUAGAAGUUAGUCUGGCACUGUGUGUGGCUAAUCAACCCUGAACCUGCUCCGUUUCCUCACUUAUUUUUGUCGCUCUGUGUAAUAUAAGCUAAUAUAGAAGUAGUACUGUAGUGAGCUUGCAUGGCAAAAGAGAACAUAAUAGUAUGAAUAACAUGAUGUAUUGUUUAUAUUAUUUGUGCCAUGAAGAAGCAGCAAUAAUAAAAGUUUGCGUGGAGGUUUUACAGUAUCGGGUCAUGGGUAAUGAUGUGUGGGAUCGACUUUGUGUGUGAAUAUUUGUGGUUCAACACUUUAUUUUUUGACACGCACGCACACACACACACACACACACUGCUUAAACGGUUUGUUUUUACCACUGUUGUCAGCAUAAUGUUCAUGUUGGCGCUGCUGAAAAACCAAAAUAAGAAUAACAUAACACGAGGGAGUGAAAAGCCAAUGACAGAAAAACAUUCCAGUUUUUAAUCAUCGUUCAAAAAGUGGAAACAACCCAUCGUCGAUCUCUGAAGGGCUUUUCUUUUACUUUGUUUCUUUUACUUUGUCUAACAAAGGUGAGCAGUUGAUUUGUUUGGCGCCUCCGUUUCUUAAAAUCGACUUUGUUUGACAUUGUGCCUGCAACAGAGUGGUAAAACUGUAAACGUAUUCUGUCUCUCGUCAGUGUACAGUCUGUUCCAUCUUACCCAUCUGACAUGCAUGGUUGUUUCACACACCGGGAACCAACAGCAGAAGUUUCUGUCAAAGAUGUCUCGCAGGUCAACGCUCCUCUUGGAAAUGUCCAACACAUGAUCAGUUUUUUGGUCAAAACGGCAA